AUGAUCAUUCUCACCCCCGUUCACCCCAUCUUGAUGACUGCAGGCAAGCAGAAACCCGGCCCGACGUCCUGCUCCAGCAUCCAGCUGGCAGCAAAGUCCCUGGGACACACCCUGGUGAUGGCUAGCGCGACGGUCUACGAGGAGUAUUUUGAAACCAGCGCCACCUUCGCGGCUUACGAACCUCUCAAGGCGGUGAACCCCGUGGUGCUGGCUUUGGUGACCUGGCAUUCCGCGAAGGAGAUGGUGUUCGAGGGAGGCCCGGGCCCGUGGGUUUUAGAACCCUCCCGCUUCUUCGUGGAGCUCAGAGUGGAGCGGGCGGACAAAGUCCAUGUGAUGGAGGUCCGGUUGACAUCCAAGAGGAAGCCGAACCAGUAUAUUUACCGGAUCACGUGCCUGGAGCUGGGAGAGCAGGUAUUGACGUUUCAGGUGGGCAACCAUCCCGGAGUGCUGAACCCCAGCCCUGCCGUGGAGAUGGUGCAGGUGAGGUUCGUUUGUGCCCACCCUGCCAGCAUGGCCGUGAUGCCCGUGUACAAGCUGGCGGCUGGCACUCUGCCUUGUCCCCUGCCUCAGCACCACAAGCAGCUGGUCCCCGUGUCCAGCUUGCGGAACACAGUCUUGGAGCUAGCUCUGUUUGACCAGCACCGGAGGAAGUUUGACAACUUCAGUUCCCUGGUCCUGGAAUGGAAGUCGGCCAAUGUCACCCUUGCGCACUUCACUCACCCACAGUCCAUGCAGAUGGUACCGAAGGACGACGGGACUGGACAAACCAGGCUGCACGGGCAUCAGCUCCUAGAGGUGCAUCAGAUCAAAGGGACCGUCCUGAUCGCAGUCAACUUUGUGAAAUAUUCAGAAAGAGGCAGCCCGAAAGAGGUCUCUAACUCUCCCGCCUCUGCAGCUGUGGAACUGUUGCUUGUCGAGGACGUGACGGUGGUUCCCGAUAACGUCACUAUGUACAACCACCCAGAUGUAAAGGAAAUAUUUGCAUUGGUGGAAGGCUCCGGCUACUUCCUCAUCAACAGCAGUGAGGAGGAGAUGGUGAACAUCACUUACCUGGAGGCGGAGAGUGCGAUCCAUGUUAUUCCCGUCCUCCCUGGUUCUCUGACCUUGGAAGUCUACGAUCUCUGUCUGGCCUUCCUGGGACCUGCUACGGCUUAUCUGCGGGUAUCUAAUAUGUUUGAACUGGAAGUGGAUCUCGUUGACAAGAUUGAGGUUGGUAAAACUGUGCUGGUCUCCGUCAGAGUCCUGGGAUAUCAUCGACACCCCUUCCGGAGUAGAUACUUUAUGUACAUGCGACUACAGUUGAAGGCAGCCUCUCCUAUUGUUACUCUGACGCUGAUGGAGGAAGUGGGUGAAUAUUCUGAAGUCUACUUGCUCCGAGCCGUGGCUGUGGGACAAACGACUCUGGUGGCCACGGCCUGGGACAAGACAGGAACCAAAUUCACAUCCGCCCCUCGGAAGGUGGAGGUCUUUCCACCAUUCAAACUCAUCCCAAAGAAAAUGACCCUCAUUCCACAUAACAUGAUGCAGGUGAUGUCAGAAGGCGGCCCACAGCCGCAGUCCCUCAUUCACUUCUCAAUCAGUAACCAGACCGUGGCCACGGUUAAUGGACUCGGGCAGGUCACCGCCAGGGCCGUGGGCGCUGCCACCAUACAGGGGACUAUUCGGGCUGUGAAUGAAGACACGGGGAAAGUCAUUGUCUUCUCGCAGGAUCAAGUGGAACUAGAAGUGGUUCAGCUGAGAGCAAUAAGGAUUUAUGCUCCUGCCACCAGGCUCCUCACAGGCACGGAGAUGCCGGUGUACGUCGUGGGACUGACCAGUAGUCUGACGCCAUUCUCCUUUGGGAACGCCAACCCAGGCCUGUCGUUCCACUGGGCUAUGAGCAAACGUGAUGUCCUGGACCUUCUUCCCAGACACUCCAAGGUUUCCCUGAAGCUGGCUCCAGAAAGCAACUUUGCUAUGGUUGUGCACACAAGGACCGCGGGGAGGACAAGCCUCAAAGUGACGGUGCAGACUCUGCACGCAAACACCAGGCAGUUCGAGGGGAACCUCGCUGAGCUCUCGGACGAAGUGCAAGUGCUGGUGUUUGACAAGCUUCAGCUUCUCUCCCCAGAGUGCCCCACAGAACAGAUUCUGAUGUCCAUGAAUUCAGAGCUCAGGCUGCUCUCUAACAGGGACGGGGCAGCCUUUGUGAGCUCCCAGCUCCUGCAGUGCUACCCCAACUCCUCCGUCAUCGAGGAGGACCGGCACGGCCUCAUCAAAGCAGGAGCUGUCACAGGGACUGCCGUGCUGGAGCUGACCUCCUUGGAACCUUUCGGAGUCAACCAGACGGUCAUCACCGGAGUGCGGGUGGCCCCGGUGUCCUACCUGCGGCUCAGCAGCUUUCCCAAGCUCUACACGGUCAGCAGAAUGCCCCUGCGCGCCUUUCCCUUGGGCAUGACCCUUACCUUCACGGUUCAGUUCUACGACAGCACUGGGGAGAAAUUCCACACGCAGAACACUCAGCUUUACCUUGCCUUGAACAGGGAUGACUUCCUCCUCAUCCGUCCCAGCAACAAGAACUACACCUACAUCGCUCAAGCUGUGAACAGGGGCACGACCCUGGUGGGCGUGUGGGACGAGAAGCACCCCGGCAUGGCGGAUUACGUCCCCGUCCCCGUGGAGCACGCCAUUGAGCCAGACCUCUCGGAGCCGCUUGCUCUGGGGGACGUGGCGUGUUUCAACACACCCCUCGUCAACCAGGAAGGGGAACCUGGGACAUGGCAAAUCUCACCCAACGAUGUCCUUGAGCUAGAUAUGACAACUGGAGCAGCGUUUGCAAAGAAUUCUGGGAAAGCGACAGUCUUCCACGAUAUCCCGGGGAUAGUGAAAACCUACCGAGAGGUUUUCGUCAGCAGCUCCUCACGAUUAAGCCUCCACCUUGGUCCCAAAAGCUACUUAACCAACACUCCAAACUCCUCUGAAUUCCGGGUUUUCAUCGCCACAAGCAAUACAGGAACAACCCUUCGAGGUCCAUGCACUUCUCGUCAGCUUCAUGCGAUCACAGACAGGCUUUCCCCAGAAUCUCAUCUGAUUUGCCAGGUGAAGUUCAGCGAGAACAUCCCAGACAUUGAGGCCAGCAAAGUUUUCCACGUUCAGCCUGAGUUCUAUGCCGACAAAGGUCUCUACAGCUGCACCAUAACGGCUAAACCCCACCCAGAGGAGGACCUGCUGGUGCUGAGCACAGCCGAAGCCUCUGUGUACGUCACGGCCUCUCUCCGCAGCGAGCAGAGCCCAGAGGUGGUGCCAGGAGUCUUGGUCCCCUUCUUCCCCGCCUUUUACAUCAACCAGUCGGAAGUCGUCUUCAGCAGCCGGGAGCUAAGCAGUGAGAUCGUAGUGCUGGGCACGAGGAGGGUGAUGGAAAAAAUAGAGGUCCAGCCCAGUUCCCCGGUGAUCGAAGUGGAGCAGCCCUUCCAACUGCUGGACAAGCCCGGGCAUGUUCUGUUCGGCGUCAACGUGGUCAACCUGACAUCUCUCCAGCAGAUGGCAGCACCCAUCUUCAUCAACCUCUCCUGCACCCUGACGGGCCAGAAGGCCGCAGUGUUGGUGCGGGUGCCCCCGGGGAAGUAUUUACUGGGUCAGUGUGCUGAAGCCGGAAUUGUCCGCCAGCUGGUCGGCUCCUACCAGGUCCUCCUCUUCACCAUCUUUGCUAUCCUAGCAUCUACCUCUGUCAUCUUUCUCACUUACAAUGCCUUUCUGACCAGAAUACAAACCGUCCCCCUGGUGUAUAUUCCCACCUCAUCUACGCUACAGACAGCAUACAGCUAUCAUCCGUCUCACGGGCAGCCUCAGCACCCCAGUGCAAGGAACAGGACCCAGGCCUGGCUGUGGAACAGGCGAUGA